AUGACAGGCGCGGGGCGGGCCGCAGGCGGGCUGGGCCGCACGUGCGGGCAGCGCCCCCUCCCCAGCCUCCCCGUGGUCCCCGGGCGCGGGCCCCUCACCUCCGGCGGCGGCGCGGCCCGGCCUGCCCCGACCCCCCCGGCGGAGCGGCGGCGGCGGCGGCACGUACUCACCGCCGCUCGCUGGCUCUCCGGCUUCGCCAUGACUGAGGCGCCCCCGCCGCCCCCCGCCUCGACCGAGACUGACACGCGCGGCUGGCCGGGCGGGGGCGGCCUCAGCGCGACCCCACCAGCCCCUGCGAGCGGCACUCCGGCAGCACCGGCGCGUCAUUUGCAUAUUUGUGCCCGCGCCGCUGAUUGGCCGGGGCUCAGAGGGGCGGCUGUGACUGCGGCCGCUCCCGCCGCCGCUCCUGCAGCGUCGGGCGACCUGGGAGGGAGGGUCCCUCUCCCCGCUCCGCUUGCCUCGCGGCCCGGCCCGACCCGGGACGGAGGGCGGCGGGAGGCGGGGUCGUCGCCCCGCUCCAACAUGGCCCCGCCGCGCCGCCGACCCAAUCGCCGGUGCGGUUACUGCUGGAGCCCCGGGCGGCCUCGGGGCGGGGAAGUGUUGGGGCCGGGCGCCCUCUGGCCGGAGCGCGGGGCAGUGCAGUGGCCCGGGCUCCCCUCGCCGCCCAGCCGCCCUGCCGCGGCCGCCACGUCAGGCCGCGCCCUCGCGACGGCCUCUCCCCUCCCCGCGGCCCAGCCGCCACGUCAGGCCCGGCAGGCACGCCCCGGCCGCGAGCUGACCAGUGGCGGGGUCGGCGCCGAGGUCACUCACGCGCUGGGCAUCUCUCCGCCAGCCCGGGGCCAACCGGGAACCGAGACGGUGUCCUGAGCCUCCCUUUUCAAAGGCGUGGAUUCGGACCCGCGUCCUCCUUACGCUCUGACACCGCCCUGACACACGCCCGUGCUGUAAAAUCCGGAGCAAGGAGAGUGGCGCCGCGAUGAUGCAGCGAUUCAGCCCAGUGGACAGAAAACUCUUGAAUUUCAGACUCCACUAAGAAGCAUAGAGCAAUGUCACUGUGCUUGUUUAUGCCUGACCAGAGGGUAAUAGCUACGGUAUACAGAGUGCUAGUUUACCAGGUAAUUUCAUUCUUUAUAUGCCCCGGCGCAGGCCCUCCAGGGUGGAUCAACACAAGUCUAUUUAGCUCAGAUAUGGGAAGGGCUGGGAGGGAACCCUGCUGAGAAAGAAGUUACAAUUACAGCUUUGAUUCCUCUCAAGGAUACUUAAUAACAACCACAUACUAGCAUAAGAAUGCAC